AUGCGCAUUUCGGACAAGAUCAAGAAGGCAGAGCGUGAGGGUCGCCCCUGGUGGAGCUUCGAGUUCUUCCCGCCCAAGACGUCCGAGGGCUGGGUCAACCUGUACGACCGCAUCGAGCGCAUGCAGCAGCUCGGUCCCAUCUUUGUCGACAUCACCUGGGGUGCAGGCGGCUCGACGUCGGACGCGACGACGGGCUUCGUCAAGACGGCGCACUCGGAACUCGGCCUCGAGACGUGCAUGCACCUGACCUGCACCAACAUGCCGACCGAGAUGGUCGACCAGGCGCUCAAGGAGGCGUACGACUCGGGCUGCCGCAACAUCCUCGCGCUGCGCGGCGACCCGCCUCGCGGCGUCGAGGAGUGGAAGCCCGUCGAGGGCGGCUUCAACCACGCCAUCGACCUCGUGCGCCACAUUCGCAAGAAGUACGGCGACUACUUCGACAUCGGCGUCGCCGGCUUCCCCGAGGGCCACCCGCAGAGCGAGAGCCCCGAGGCCGAGAUCCGCCACUUCAAGGCCAAGGUCGACGCGGGCGCCAACGUCGUCUUUACGCAGAUGUUCUACGACGCCGACGUUUUUAUCGACUGGGGCCGCCGCCUGCGCGCCGCCGGCAUCACGAUCCCGAUCGUGCCCGGCAUCAUGCCGAUCCAGACGUACGCCGCCUUCAAGCGCCGCACCGACUUCGCCGGCACGAUCGUGCCCAAGGAGCUGUGGGACAUGCUCGAGCCAAUCAAGGACGACGACGCCAAGGUGCGCGAGUUCGGCACGCGGUACGUCGCCGACAUGUGCCGCAAGAUCCUCAACGCCGACCUCGGCAUCCACGGCAUGCACUUCUACACGAUGAACCUGUCGCGCGGCACCGAGAUGCUCCUCGAGGAGCUCCAGUUCGUCGCCAUGGCCGACCGCGUCAAGCCCUUGCCGUGGCGCGUUUCGCUCACGCAGAAGCGCCGCACCGAGACGACGCGCCCCAUCUUCUGGUCCAACCGCCAGCGGUCGUACUUGACGCGCACCCGCGAGUGGGACGAGUUCCCCAACGGCCGGUGGGGCGACGCCUCGUCGCCCGCGUUCGGCGACGUCGACGCGCUCCAGCUCGCGCUCCCGCACAAGCCGCAGGACGCCGUCAAGAUCUGGGGUACGCCGCGCUCGCUCGGCGACAUCUCGGCCCUGUUUGCCCGGUUCUGCCGAGGCGACCUCAAGGCCCUCCCGUGGAGCGACCAGCCGGCCGCCAAGGAGACGAGCUACAUUGCCGAGCAGCUCGCCAAGAUCAACGAGCUCGGGUUCCUCACUAUCAACUCGCAGCCUCGAGUCGACGGCGUCUCGUCGGACGACCCUGCGCUCGGGUGGGGCCCGAUGAACGGCUACUGCUACCAGAAGGCCUACCUCGAGUUCUUUUGCCCGCCCCAGCACGUCGAGGCGCUCCUCGCCAUCCUCGACAAGGCGCCCUCGAUCACGUACCACGCCGUCAACAAGCAGGGCGAGUUCCAUUCCAACACGGCCCCGGGCCCCAACGCCGUCACCUGGGGCGUCUUCCCUGGCGCCGAGGUGAUCCAGCCGACCGUCGUCGACUCGACGGCGUUCCAGGCGUGGAAGGAUGAGGCGUACGAGCUCGGCGCUCAGUGGGCCCUCCUGUACCGCGAGAGUGAGCCCGAGACGCACAAGCUCAUCCAGGGCAUCUUUGACGAGUUCCACCUUGUCAACAUCGUCUUCAACGACUACCGCAACACAGACGACGACGCCGUCUUCAAGCCCUUCUACGAGCUCGCGCAGCAGAACGGCGUCCACCUUAACGGCUCGUCGACCGCCGCCACGACCGACUAGACAUCUUCGUCGUCGUCUCGACCUCAACUGUCCAUACCUCGCCUCGCCCUUUUCGCCGCAUCGUCAACCGAGACGUCGUCCUCCUCCCUCUUUCGCCUCUCUCUCUCGCCUCGCAGUAUCGUCUCUCGAUCUUUUAGUCCAUCUUCGUGUUGCCUUCAACAGGGCUUUCCCUCUCGUCGUCGUUCGUCUCGCCCUCAGUUCAACCACCCCCCCUUUCCCCUGUAUCGACUUCUCAACAACCUCGGUCCCGCAUCAACUGCAUCUUCUCCCUCGCACCCUCCUAUUCCUCCUGCGGCUCCCUCCCCUCUCUAGACUACCCCCUACCUCACUCUGCGGCCUCGUGUCCAACCACGGCCCUCUUGUUACCCUCCCCUCUCGCGACGAGAUGACGCGCUCGCACCCCUUCUCUCUGGAAUGCCAGCUCGCUCGCUCUCA